AUGGUCCAUAAUACAGGUGGAAGGGAAGUGUUAUUUCAGGCAGGUCCUGAACAUCCUUGGCUGAUCAUCCCACACCCCUGUGCACAAGCUCUGGGCCAAGAAUUCUUUCAGAGUGGAAUCAUACCUAGUGACUCUGAUUUCAGGAUUUACAGGGACUUUGGCUAAGUACCAGGAAUGGACCUUCCCUAUAUUGCCAAUGGUUAUGUUUAUCACACAAAUUACGAUACACCAGCUGCUGUUACUCCAGGCUCUAUUCAGUGUGCUGGUGAUAACAUACUGGCUUUGGUCAAGAGCAUAGCUAAUUCACCAUUUCUGGCUGACCCUGGAGAGUAUUGUCAUGGUUCCAUGGUGUUUUUUGACUUUCUGGGAAUUUUUGUGGUACAUUACCCUGAAAGAAUUGGUUUGGUGAUAAAUCUGACAUUGGCUUUUGUGGCAGUUCUUUGUCUUAUGAAAAAAUUCCUUCAUUUUCCAGCAAAGAGAACCAUCUUUGAAGAGGGCAAAGUAUUAAGACUCAUAUCUGGUAUAGGAGACCUUAUCAUCUCUCUGGAGUUUGACGUCUUUAUGCCUAUUAUGGGUCGAGCUGGAACACAAACACCCCCAGAUGUCUUUAUAAGUGUCCUGUGUGCCUUUGGAGUUGUGCUGUUGACUUCUUAUAUGGUUAGCAUUGUGUAUGUUCUGGGAAACCUCAAGCUUCCAGCCAUAUUUCUUCUGUUUGUUACCACUGUAGGAAUGGUUAUAUCGCUCUCAGGACUGUCAUUUCCUUACUCAGCCAUCAAUCAGUGCCCUAAAAGGGUGUUCUUUCAGCACACAUCAAGAACAUUUUACAAUAAUGCUGGUGAAGUGGUUCAACAAGAUGCAGGUGCCUGGAUCACUCCACUGGACUAUCUUGGCAUACAGCCAUUCAGUGAUAUACCCAUGUUUAAGAAGGCUUUGCCUGCACCUCAGGACGGAGUUUAUGGAGGUUUUCCUUAUUACCUGCCAUUGAGGCAUCUCAUGCGAAAAUCUUGGUAUCUCCCUGGUCCUCCACCCCAAGUCAAAACAUCUCCAAUGGAAGUGAAAUUGCUACAUAGGAAGAAACAGGAUCAAGUUUACUCAUUUAAAUUCUCAAUAUCAGGUCCUGAUCACAUGGCUGUAUAUGUAUCACCUGCUAGUGACGUAGAUUUGCUGACCUCUUCCCUCGGUCCCCUUUUACCAAUUCAAGAUGGUGGAGACAGAGUUGUGUACUUUAUUUACUAUUCUCAUGGUACUGAUGUGGGGCCCUGGGAACUAUUGCUUGAGCUUCUGCCAAAAAGACACCUCUUGGCCAAGAGCAAUCUGUUAGACUUUGCUGUGGCAGCUCAUUAUAUUCACGGUAAAGAGUCAUCUUCACCUUUCCUGAAAGAAGUCAUGCAAGCUAUUCCAGACUGGAUUUUUGCUAAUGACUGGGUGGACACAUACAAGAGCUGGUCUUACACUACAUAAUUCCCUGUAUUGCAAGAAUGCAUCAGUCCAAGACCUUCUAAACACUGA